AUGAAUCCUUUGCUCUAUUCCCUUUUAAAAAAUUACCAACAAGAGCAAUUACUCUUAAAUUCCUUUAGAAACGAAAAUUCAACCCUAUUUCCUUUAUUUACAGCCCCAAAUCAAAGCCCCCCGUCUCCAGAAUUAUCUCUACUUGCAUUUCUUGGUUCACCAAUAUUUGGCAAUCAUUUGUUACCUUUAUGUUCAUUGCCUGAUUUUAAUAAAAAUUUAAUUGAAACUUCAAUUUCUAAUAAUUUUGUUGAUUCAAUUUCAAACUCGUCUUCAAUUAAUGAAUCAGAAACAAAUUCAGAAUCAACCUCCUCCUCUUCUUCUGAAGCAAGAACAAAAGAAAAUGAAAGGGAAUAUUUUAAAGAAUACAAAAUUGGCACAAAAGUUGUUCGUAGACUUUCUUAUCCGCGUGAAUUUAAGUUGAUUGUUUUACAUAGUUAUUGGACUAAUGGCAAAAAUAAAUAUAGAACAUGCAAAGAAUUUCAUAUAACAAAAUCAAUGUUAAAUGGUUGGCUUCAAAAAGCUGAAAAAAUUAGAAAUUCUCGUCCAGGGUCUCUAAAAAGUGGACGUUCUGGAAGAAAACCUCAAUUUCCAAAAAUUGAAAAUCAAUUAUUUCAACUUUUUCAAGCUGAAGAGAAUAAAGGAGAAAAUGUUUCGAAUAAAUGGAUACGUGAAACAGCGAGAAUUUUGGCUGAAAAAGAAGAAAAUAAUUGCCAAUUUUCAGAGAGAUGGUUAAACAAUUUUAAAAGAAGAUUUCAAAUAGGGAUUACGAUUAAAGAUGAAAAUGAACAAUUUGAAGAAUCUCAAAUAAAUUCAAUUAAAGAUGAUUGGUCUAUUGAAAAUGACCAGAAAAUGAAUAAAAUAAAUAAUGAAUCGAAUAAUUUAAAAGAUGAAGAAUUGGACAGGUUAGUGAGAGAAGGGUCUAUCCCGGAAGGUGUGGGCGGAUAAAGGGAACUUAAAAUCACCAAUAUGCUGGCCUGCUCCCUACGAGAGUAAGACACAAAUCCGUCUUAAUCUGCUAAGAUCACUCUUUAUCCGCCCCUAUUUGGAUUUGACCUUCUGGAUUUAUACUAGAGAAAUAUUUUUAAAA